AUGGGUGUUCGGCUGAGACUUUAUGGCUGCGAGCGUCUUCGUAGAGAACGACUGAUUGGGGAAACCGUGGUCGGAUUCGCGUCUGUGAACCUCGACAUAGUGGCGCCCAUGUGGCUGACAUUGGAGCCAAAACUUGGAGCAACGACGAGUGACGUGAGAUCGGAAGUGUCGAGCGUGGCACACAGCGAGUCGACGGGGUCGAGUCAGUCUCGCGAAAGUUACAGUGGGGCCGGAUCCGCGUCAGGUUCGUCGACGUGUCGCCGAAGCAGCCGCGGCAGCCGCUCAUCUUCGUCUUACGCCGGCAGCGGAUGUGUCACGCUCAGUGGCGUCCGAGUGCGUGGCGGCAUGGCGGAGCUCCUCAUCGGCCUGACGUACAAAUCGACGACGGGGCGGCUAUCCGUCGACGUGUUGCGCGGAUCACAUUUCCGGCAAGUUCGAACGUCACCGUUUUCUGCUGAAAUCCUUCACUUGAAUCUUACCGCAACUCGAUCUCCGGACACCUACGUUUGCCUGAGUCUCAUCAGUAGUAAUGGUCAAGAAAUAUCAUCCAGCAGAACAUCCGUUCGAAGGGCACAAGCGAAUCCGGUCUUCAAGGAAUCGUUCAUGUACCAGGUACCAUUGUUCCAAGUUGGUGAUGUGACGCUUAUGGUGACCGUGCUCACGAAGAAGGGCAUCAAGAGGAAGGAGAUGAUAGGGUGGUUUUCUCUGGGACUGAAUUCGUCCGGCGACGAGGAGCUGGGUCACUGGAAUGAGAUGCGAGAGUCGCCAGGGGAAGAAGUUAUACGCUGGCACGUUUUGUUGGAUUCUUAA